AUGUUGAAACACGUUACAGUUGCACUUGCUUUGCUCGCAACGUAUGCUGCACCUGCUGCAAUAAACAAGCCAAGUCAAAACCGCAUUUCCCAACUAGAGAUUCCGCAAGAUCCGUCAACAGUUCAAAAACGUGGUGAUUUCUUAGGUGAUGGUACUUGGUAUACAACUGAGACUGGACGUCCAGGCAGCUGUGGUGAAUGGCUCAACGAUGGUAUGAUGGUAGUUGCUCUCAAUGCUCCACAAAUGGGUGAUGGUGGUGAAUGUGGCCAUGAAGUAUGGGUAACGAAUAUCACAAAUGGAAAGACACAAACUGCGAGAGUUGUUGACAAGUGUCCAGAGUGCUUAUGGGGUAGCUUAGACAUGAGUCCGACCCUAUUCGAAUCUCUUUGUGGUGGUGAGCUCGGACUUGGGCGUAUACCAAUCACAUGGGGAUUCUGUGAUCGUGAGCAUGGUUGCUAA